AACAACAAAAUGUCAAAUUUCUAGACGUUUGCAAAAAUAAAUACCCAGGCUGAAAAUAAUCCCUCGCUUCAUUUAUUGUUUUAAAGUAGGCUAUCCUAUUUUUUUGUGCUAAUUUGUUAUUAUGAUAGCUCGGCCGUGGACCGACGAUCUGCCAAAAUGCAAGAAUUCCUGUGUAGCGUCAUAUUUUUCUCGUCUAGGAGGCGGAAAUACAAACACCACGGAUGAUUAUCUCUGUUUUUACUGCCAGACUGAAGAUAAUUUUUCUUUAUAUGGAGUAUUUGAGCCACACAAUGGAUUGGACGCAGCCAGGUUUAUUAUGCAGAGGAUGGCUGCCGAGAUCCUGUUCCCGCCACCUUCCGCUAACACUGAUGAAGAGAUUAGGGAACGGCUGAGGAAUGCCUUCAUAUCAGUAGAGAAAGCAUACACAGAAAACUACGAUGGCAUGAUUGCUGAGAGAACUAGCUUACAGUACCAGCUACAAGUUGUAGAUGCACAGGUAUCCCAAAACUUCAAUAUCCUAGCCCGUCUUAAAGAAAUAGACGUGCACCUAUCCGGAGGUGCCGCAGUGGUCAUAGCGUUAGUCCAUGCCAACAAACUGUUUGUAGCCCAUGUCGGAGACACCAGGGCUCUGCUGUGUAGGACUGAUGAUAAUGCUGUGUUGAGAGUGGUGCAAUUGACCGUGGAUCACAGCUUGAAUAAUGAGGAUGAGUUGCUGAGGUUGCAGCAGUUGGGGCUUGACGUUAAUAAGUUGAGGAAUGCACAAUACCUAGGCAAUCAGACAGGCACUAGAUGUCUAGGCAACUACCUAGUCAAGGGUUUAUACAAGGCGUUCCCAACCAUCAGUGCUGCAGUCUCUGAGCCUGUCAUAGCUGCUCCCGAGAUACAUGGACCCAUACUGUUGGAUGAGUCUUGCAGAUUCCUCGUCCUAGUAAGUGCUGGAGUCUACAAACGCAUACAAGAAUCCAAGGGAAGUUACGAGCAAACGAACAAACAGCUCGCGCAAAUGAUUGUAGAGAACUUCAGAAAACAGGCCGACUUCCGAAUGGUCAGCCAAGCUGUUCUCGAAGAAAUCGAACAAGAAUUCGUCUCCUACUGCGUAAAAAAUAAUUUAACACCAAAACCAAACACCCAUAUGUCUUUACUAAUAAGAAACUUUAACUUCUUACCAACCAACGAAGAUGAAAUACCACCAAAUCAUAGUGUAACUAAAAACGCGUCUGUUCGAUUCAAUCCAAUUGUACAAUCGAAAUCGAAUACUCUACUAAAUGAAAUCGAUUCGGAAAUUUAUUCGUCGGGAACGAAUGAGAUUGAAACGAACGAUUCGAAUAUCGAUACUAAUCGGUCUAUGGAAUCGACUUCGGAUAUUUAUCCCGUUGGUAGGCCGUUUGAUAGGGAUCGGAAAAUUAAGGGGUAUGUUGACUUUUCUUGUUAUUUUGAAAAUGUUGCUAAGGCGCGGAAGAAUGGUACUUUGCCGGAUUUUAUUAAGUAAUUUAAGAGCCGUAUUUUUAUGUUGGAGUAAAAUAUUGUAGUGUAGUAAUUCUGGUCACUAUCUCAAGCUUCUGUUUGUGAUACUACAUAUCACUUAAAAAUCACAUUAAGUUACUUAUAAGUAGUGUAUUUGAUUGAUUUGUCAUUUUUUGAGAUUAAUUAAGCGGUGAACUAUGAAACUACAGGGUUCUCGUUCAAAGGCUAUUUUAAUAACGCUUAAUAUUAACUACUUACGCUUUUUUACAAUUCAUAAUAAGUAUUUAUACCUAAAAAUGGCUGACUUUAAUUAAAAUGAGAAAAUAUAAGGAGCAGUAAAGAAAACUAUUUCUCCUAGCUAGAUUUGUUUAAAGUUAUUCUCAAAGUCCUGAGUAUCCAUAGUCUAUUGAUUAAUUGCUUAGGAAACUUGUCACCGCUUAGGCUCCAAGCUCUAGCUGACACCUCUUGAAAUAAUAAUAAAAAAAUAACUUGCCAUUUUUUAACAAAACCAAUAUGACGCCAAUGUUGAGUACUUAUUCAAUUUAUGUUAAAUAUCUUGUAUUAAUGUUUUAAGCUUUAAAGUGACCAUUUUGCCUUAUAAAUGAAAAUAAUAAGUAUUUGAAUGUAAUAAUGUAUUAUUAUGACAAUAUUAGAUAAUUGUUUGUUGUGUAAAUAAAAUCGUUAUUUUAUA